AUCACCAUCCCAACCUAGUGCAAUGGCCCAAGCAGCUAGUGGUGGUUAUGAAAUCCCAGCCCGACUACGUACCCUUCACAACCUAGUCAUCCAGUAUGCCUCACAAAGACGAUACGAAGUAGCUGUACCCUUAUGUAAAAAAGCAUUAGAAGAUUUAGAAAAGACCAGCGGCAAUGAGCAUCCUGACGUAGCUACCAUGUUAAACAUUUUGGCUCUUGUAUACAGAGAUCAAGGAAAAUAUAAAGAGGCUGGUAAUCUCCUUCACGAUGCCAUAAAAAUACUGGAAAAAACAUUAGGAUAUGAUCAUCCUGCAGUAGCUGCAACAUUAAAUAAUUUGGCUGUGUUAUAUGGCAAGAGAGGGAAAUAUAAAGAAACAGAACCUUUAUGUAAACGUGCUUUAGAAAUAAGAGAAAAAGUACUUGGUAAAGAUCAUCCAGAUGUUGCCAAACAGCUUAGUAACUUGGCUCUUUUAUGUCAAAAUCUAGGAAAAUAUAAAGAGGUAGAACAGUACUAUCAAAGAGCUUUAGAAAUAUAUGAAAGUAAAUUAGGUCCAGAUGAUCCAAAUGUUGCUAAAACCAAGAAUUAUUUGGUAAGGAUGACCGUACAAUGUUGUCUUGUGCCUUACCCAAGAAGAACAUUAAUUUGGAUGUUGUAAAUUGCAUGUGGCUAAAUUUGAUUUUAUUUUGAAAUAUAUUAUGUUUUCACAAAGGUGUAGGAUCCAGAUUGUAAUUUGCUUAGUAUUUAUAAAUUGCUGUAUGUAAGACGUCAUUUAAAAUUAACUUUUAUAUGGAGAAAAAUCAA